UCUCCAUCCUCACCGCACCUCCUCCUCACCGUCACACUCUUGUAUCGUGAUCGGAUGGAUUGAAGUCUAGAUGAACCCCUGGAGCCAGCGCCGUGUCUUGCCGCAGCUUCAAACCGCGUCUAGUUUACAUUCGCAGUCGAACACUCGUAACCCAUCGAAUCCAUCAAGCAGCCCGUCGCGCACAACCUUCUCGCCAACAAACGCUUCGCACCAAGCGUCGAAUUCAGUCGGAAGCUCACGACAAAACCUCAGCCGCAACUCUUCCGUCUCCUCCACCUCGUCGCCCUUCUCCCCGUCCAAUAGCACAGGAGUACAGCAGCAAACUGGCAAUCAGCUGCUGUAUUCCUCGCGGAGCCGUACAAUACCGCCAUCAUCGCAUUCGCAGCAUCCUUCCGCCGUCACUGCUGCGCAGGGAGGUGCGAGUGGUGACGGCGGAAGCAAGCCAAGGUUAACGCGAGCGUCGCCUUCACUUUCGCAAUCGAGCGAUAUUGGCUCUCCCCAACAGCAAUCAGCAACGUCUGCACCCUUCUCCGCGUCAGGAGGAGUUGCUUCCAUCGACAUCGCCCAAGUCAGCAUACAACUAGCUCGGCUAGACAAGGAGAAAGAUCCGCAGAAACGGUACGAGAGCAUACGGUCCCUCGAAGCAUUUGUGAGCCAGAACAUGGAGGUUCUAGCGUACACGAUGCGCAAGCUCAUUCGGCAACAUGCCGCUCGUAUAUUUGGCAAUGACACCUCUGAACCAACCGCCAGCUGGACUGUGCUAGUACACGAGAUGGAAACUAUCAGGACAAGCCCAGAUCAGGCGAAGAAGAUCGCUGACGCCAUAGACGUGAACGAAGGCGAGCCUUUUCGUGACUUUGACCUGUCGACAUUCAUGGAAAAAUUCAAGCUUGACCCGGUGGCUAAGUGCAUGCUCGCCCUUGCCUUAAAAGGUGCGACCAAGGCGGAUCUCAAAACCAAAGCCGACGCAAUCCUUUCGAAUAACCUCGAAAACAUGUUCAUGGCCAUCCUCAACCCUACAUCUGAAACGGGUGAAGAUCUUCCACCGGCGUAUCUCGCGUCCCUCAUCGACCGUCUCCUCCAGAAUCCUCCCCGCAAUUGGAACGAGGAAUUACUAUCCAACCUCACCUACGCUGUGCGCGUACGGUAUGAAAAGCUUGGGAGACCAACCCCAAGUGAAGUCAUGUCUACGCUACAGCUCGCCGAACUAACUAGUCCUACAAAUGAUUUGGUGAGACUUGUACAGCGCACUGGCGAGCGUGCGACAGCCAGCUUGGACACAUGCAAGGACAUGCUAGCUUCGGCUGAGGUGCGGCAUAUCAAUUACACACAAGUGGCGAGCGUGUUGUUGUUCAUGGUCAUUACCCAGAACGGUGAAGCCUACAAUCCUGCUAUAUUUGUGCAGGCAUUGAAAGAGCAUCGGGCCGGACGUAGGCUGGACUGGCAAGACGUUGUUCACUCCUUCGAUCGCGAGAAUCUAGUCAUCAGCAAGCAGCAGUUUCUGGCACUGUAUCAUGCUCUCCUCCCUCUAGCUCAAGAAUACGAGAAUUUCGAUAUUCAGCUUUUGUGGGGAGGAAAAUGGAAUCAGAUCGAUACCCAGCUGAGCUUCGUGGUUGCGUUUCUGUCCUGCACAGCCAAUGAGCUCAAUGCGAAUGAAAUCCCACGGUUACGGCGUGCCUACACCAUUGAGAGCUUCCAAGAUGCCUCGGAAGAAGUUAAGGCAUAUGCCGAAGAGGCUGUCCGACACCCGCUUGUUUCUCUAGAUGCUACCUCCGCCCUCUUCGAAAAGAUUUUUCAGAACCAGGACACCUAUAAACAUGCAAUACAGCUCGGCAUUCCCGAAGCGGUCAUCAAUCCUCACACGCCUUACUUUGUGGUCGCCUCAGCAGCAGUACCUCAGCCAUGGGGUGGUUUGCAAGAUCAGGCUUUUGAUCAGCUGUUUUUCCCCUUCCUGAAAAAGCAGCUUGAGGGAUACAGUUUUGUCUUCCACGGUCUUUGGAAGCAAGAUAGCCAGUGGCUUGCUGAACGACUCGUCAAAUAUCAUCAGAUGGAUCAACUCUUGAUUGCUCCGAUAUACGAACACUCUCUGGAGCAUGGCUGGUUACUACCGCUGACAGGCAUUCCAAAUGAGUUUGGGCUUGAUCUCGCCUGCUACGCGCAUGGUCAUGGCGACUUUGACAUCGAAGCAUGGCUGCAGGAUGCUCAUAAUGCGAAUGGCCUUCAUUUCCCAACAGCACUUUCUGCUUUUGUUGAAGAGAAGGCGAGAUCAGACAUCCUUACACAGAAAGAAGCAGGCGCCCCAAUACAAACCGUGCCUUUGACAGUCGACACAGCGUACGUUCUUCUCACCUGGCUUGGUCAAGUUUUGCCGGAAGAUAUCCUCAUUCCUCUCAAUCGCCUUGCAAUAGGCGCAUACCCACGAUUGAUCAACUACGGGGAGGGAUUUGAUCACAUCAUCCGCGAUAACAGUAAAAAUGGAAACGCAAUAUCUCCAGAGGCUGACGCUGCAAUGCAAGACCAUUUCAAGAGCCUUUACAAUCGGGAGACAGAUGUUAAGUCAAUGAUUGAGGCUUUGCAGCGUUACAAGAAUUCGGAAGAUCCACGCGAUCAAGAGCUGUUUGCCUGUAUGAUUCAAGGAUUGUUCGACGAAUACAGCUGCUUUGGAGAAUAUCCACCCGAUGCUCUGGCAACAACUGCCGUUCUCUUUGGCAGCAUCAUCAAUUUCAAUCUACUAUCGAGCAUAGCGCUUCAAGCUGGUCUUUCAAUGGUUUUAGAGGCAUUGCAGACGGCCACUUCAAGAGAGGACAAGAUGUACAAGUUUGGCCUGCAAGCUCUAAUCCACUUCCAGUCUAAACUUACUGAGUGGCCGACAUUUUGCGAAAAGCUUCUCGCAAUUCCAGAGCUUCAAGGUACCGAAGUCUUCCGGACUGCUGACGACAUCGUGCGCAGUAGAAUAGGCGCAGAGCGUAACGGUGAGACUACCAAUGGCAUUGCCAACGGAGUCGCCGAAGAGCUUGCUAGCGAAUCAUCUGCUCCAUUCACAAGUUUGAACGUUGACCCUCCUCUGCGACCAGAUAUUUACAGGGAGCCUGAUGAGGAGAUCCAGGAUCGCGUCAUCUUUGCAGUGAACAACUUGUCAGAUCGAAACAUCGACGAAAAAUUUAGAGAUAUUCAACAGGCCGUGACCGAUGAAUACCAUCAAUGGUUCGCUCUUCAUCUUGUCGAGGAUCGAGCAAAGUCUCAGCCGAAUUAUCAUGACCUAUUCCUAAAGCUUCUUCGACUCUUUGAUAGUAAAUGGCUAUGGAAAGAAGUAAUACGCGAGACAAUCGUGACUUGCGUACGCUUACUCAAUGCCGAUGCAACUAUGAACAAUGCGAACGACCGCAACCAAUUGAAAAACCUUGGAUCGUGGCUGGGUCACCUCACGCUUGCUCGCGAUAAGCCCAUCAUGUACCGCAACAUCGCCUUUGCUGAGUUGCUUGUUGAGGCGCACAAGUCCAAGCGAUUAUUAGUGGUCAUUCCAUUCGUCUGUCGCGUCUUAAAGGCUGUGGCGAAAAGCAAGACUUUUGCCCCGCCAAACCCUUGGACCGAAGAAAUUCUAUCAAUCUUGCUUGAAUUCUAUCAUCAUAUCGAAAUGAAGAUCCAGCUGAAAUUCGAGGUGGAGGUUCUGUGCAAGGACAUCGGUGCAGACAUCAAGAAGAUUGAACCGUCUGUCAUUAUUCGCGAGAGUGACUUUCCAUAUGAUGCUGACUUCCCUGCCAGCAUCCCUGAAGGUCUUGAAGGAUUCAAUGACCUCACACUGGCUAACUUCUCAAGACAAAACACACGUUUGGGUGAUCGCUUCUCGCCGCAGGCUAUCAUCAACUCCCUACCAGAUAUCUCUACGCGUUUGUUCUAUCCUCCAAGUCCGUCUGCUAACCAGAUCACGGCUGAGCAAACGCGAUCAGUGUUCCAGCAAGCGGCUGAACACGCCAUACGCGAAAUUAUCUUCCCAGUUGUUGAGAGAUCUGUGACGAUCGCAGGCAUCUCCGCUUCGAACUUAGUAACGAAAGACUUCGCAACGGAGCCGGAUGAAGAGAAAUUUAGGCACGCCGCUCACAGUAUGGUGAAAUCGCUUGCUGGCAGUCUGGCUCUGGUAACCUGCCGUGAGCCGCUUCGAAUGAGCAUGACGAACAACAUUCGCGCCCUCGGUCGGCAAUUACCUGGUGAAGGACUUGCUGAAGGUGUCAUUCUUAUGUUUGUGAAUGAAAAUAUUGACAUUGUCUGCAAAGUCGUCGAGGAAGCUGCUGAGAGACAGUCGAUUGCUGUCAUUGACGAGGCCAUUCAAGAUGGACUGCUCGCUCGGGCACAGUAUCGUCAGCAGCAAAACGAUGAGCCCUUCCAAUGGCCAAGCGUUCAUCGAUUUGCACGGAUGAUGCCAGAGCCGUUCAAGCCCAGCGACGGACCAGGGGGGUUGACGGCUCAACAACUUGCUAUCUACGACAACUUUGGCCCGAACAGAGCUGGUGCCUCACAUGGCCCAGUUCAAGAUGGGAGACAUCAAAUGCCCGAAUAUGAAACUGGUGUACCGAAUGUGCCAACUCCAGCAGGCGAGCCAGCUAUCCCUCGUGCGCAGCUUCAACCCUCUCGUGGUCCAGCUGAUGUCUCAGAAGUCCAUGCGAACGGUUACGUGGCCAACCGUCUCUUGGAAAUGCUCCAAGACGUCUUCGACAGCGCCAAAGCAGCCCCAGAGGAUUCAGCAAGUGAACUUGGAUCUGCAUCUCUUGUCAAGGACGCCUAUACUCGACUUAUGCGCUUCUUGCAGUACACAAUUCCUCCAGCUAGCGUCGACCAGACUAUCGAAAUUGCCGCAGUCCGUAUCUUGCACUACCUAUUCUCCGGUCAGAUGGAACGACGAAUCGAAGUUGAAGUUGGGACACAAUUGCUUACUGAGCUUUGCUCUGUCUCUAGCUUAGCUGGACAUCAAGUUUGGCACCAUCUCAACGACAUAAGUAAUGAGAAUCUGUUGAUCAACCCGAAGGUCACGAUUGCUUUGCUCAGUCGAAAUCUAUUGUCACUCCAACGGGUAGAUGCGAUGCUCGCCAUCCAUCUGUCCCAACGCGAUCCACAUGCUUUCGAGUUUCUCAGUGAGCUCAUGGAUGUGGUCCUAUUAGGUGCAUUCCCGUUCGCCCUCCGGGCAGAUUUCGCAAACACCAUUGAGGCUCUAAGCCAUUUGGCUGCUGAAGACCCGGGUAACAAUCCCGCCCAAAUUCUUCUUGACCGUCUUAGAGCCCCUGACCAAGCUGAUACGGCGGCUCCGCCACCGGCCUCGAAACAAGAUCAGCAUGAGCACAUAUUCGAUGAAUGGAUCCACUUGGUUCGAAAUGGGGCAUCUGAGAAGACUUGUGUGGCUUUCGUGCAGCAGCUUCACAAGUACAGAGUUCUCACCGACCUGGAGACUACUGCUCACUUCUUUCGAGCAUGUAUUGACUACAGUAUUCAGGCUUAUGAUACCGAAGAUGAGAUUUGCGGCUCGUUGGACAAUGCUUACCUUCCCACUGAUGCACUUGCAAGGCUUGUUGCCCUACUCGUUCUCUACCAAGGGGAUUCAGAUGGUGCCGUCAAGCCAAUGAAAACACAGUACCUGGAUGCUCUAGUCAGCCAAUUCGCAUUCUUCCAGCAGUACCAUAUCAAGAAGAGAGGAGAGCACGCGAACCACAAAGUUUUUUUUAGAUUCUACUCAGAUCUCCUCUACGAGUUUCACAAGGUCUCUAUUGCACUAGGCGAAGUUUACGACGAUAUGCUACUCGUCUUCGCGAAGCUGUUCACGUUUUUGCAGCCUGCGAGGUACCCUGGCUUCACAUUCUGCUGGCUAUCGCUAGUGUCCCAUCGAUUCUUCAUGGCACCUAUACUGCGAAUGGGUGGUGCUCAUCAGAAGGCUGCAAGCGCGUACGUCUCGCUAUUGGAGAUUGUCCUCAAAAAUGCGGAGCACAUUUUGUCAACAUUGGAAAACCCGCUUGCAACAGGAUACAUCAUCGCAGUCCUCCGAGUCCUCAUUGUUGUUCAACAUGACUUCCCAGAAUUCGUCAUCGAGAACCAUGCCAGGCUCAAUGCGGCCACACCAGCUUCCUGUGUGCAGGUGCGCAACCUCAUCAAUUGGACCCAUCUGCCAACCAUGGAGAUGCCAGAUCCAUUUACCCCUGGGUUAAAAAUUGAUCGUAUCAACGGUAUUCGCCAAAUUCCUACAGUCCAGCUGGACCUUGACGGCAUUCUGCGAGAUGCUGAAAUCAAGAAUAUCCUCGAUGCGGCCAUCAAGGGCAAAUCAAAUGCAAUAGCAGAGCUGUCCUCGAAGAUAGAAGUGAUGGCAGAAAAAUUCGAUUUGGUACAGGUUUUGGUCCUGUAUCUUGCCAAUGAGGCCAUUGCGUCCGCAAAUCCUAAGGGCGGCCUCUUCAACAAAUCAUCGACGCACUUUGCAAUCCUCCAAAAAAUUGCGAAUGGACCGGCUCGGGGGGCAAGCAACCUCAUAAACGCGAUGAUAAAUCAGCUUCGCUUCCCGAACGCGCACACGUUCUGGUUCUCCCAAGCUCUGUUGGAGCUGUUCGCUCAUGCGACGGAGGGUCAUGAGGACAAUCAUAUGCAGCUACAAGAAAUGAUUGCGAUAAGCCUUCUUGAGCGACUUACUCCGAAGCGACCUCAUCCAUGGGGUUUGCUCAUUACAUUCAUGGAGUUGGUAAAGAACAAAGAAUAUGACUUUCAAGCUUUGCCAUUCGUCAGGGAGCACGAGGUUAUUUGGGCGCACACGCGGCACUUGGAACCGCUUAGCGCACCGGGUAUGCCUCCACCAGGAAUGGGCGCCUUUUGAAGUUUCUACUACGAGUGGUGUGAACAGAGUCUUCACAAUUACCAGGAUGACUUCGUCUUCGCUAAUCAUGAAACCAUGACAUCUAAUCCAUAACCUCAAACGAACAUGUCUAUGCACAUUUCGCCCCCGCUUUGAUACUGAGAAAGUCCGAUAAGACAGUAGCGACGGAGUUGCUUUCUGUGUUACAAACCUGGAGCGCGGGUAAUAACUAGGUGAAACGGUCUAACAGUCAUUGUAUAGGCGUGUAUGAGUCUUGGAAUUGCUCAUUUGCAUUUUGAAACGGUGUCCGGUUCACGGGUUAAAGAAAAGAAACAUGGCUGGUCUUGCCACUCUGCUUGGCUUUUGUUGUUCUGUUACUGCUUUCCAUUACCAAUCAUCAUUCGCAUCGGUAUGGCGUUUCGGGUUGCUACUUUUCUCUUCCGUUUCUGGCUGGGAGUAUUUGCUGCCUUAAGACCAUCCUUGUACGGGGAACAGAUGCAGAUACAUGAGAAUGGAGUAUAAGGAAGGCACGGGGUAAUGAAGCUUCUGUCCUUGUGGAUAGGAGACUUGUUGUAGGAUAGUGGCAGGGGUUUCUCUUCUAAUUAAUGAGCAUUGGUUCUUAUUUAA